UAAGUAUAUACAAUUUAGUUAGGUUAAACUAAAACACAAAAUUGAAAAAGCUACCACUAAAUUAUGCACUUCACAAAUCACAAGACUAUCAUGAAUAGUAUUAAUUUGUAUACAUAAAACAAGCGAUUAAAUGUUGCAUAAUUAUUUCAAACUACCUAUAACUUACUGUGUUAAACAAAAUCGGAUGACUUGCCUUUUCUUAUCCUGCUCGUUCACUUGUUGUUCACAGAGAUAAGAUUGAUAACAUUUUAUAUUUAAAUACUCGCACCCUGCGUCAUUUCAAGCACAAUACCUAUGUUGCGCUCUAUUAUUAUAACCACAAUAGUUUUAUCCCAGAGUUUCGUAAGACAGGCAAAAUUUUCUACAGCAAUGGCCAGAGAAAUACCAAAAACUAUGAAGGCAGUUGGUCUGUAUAAAUACUUACCAAUUUCCGAUCCAAACAGUUUAAUAGAUUUAGAAGUAAACAUACCAAAUGUGGGUGAAAAUGAUGUAUUGAUCGAAGUGAAGGCUACAGCUGUGAACCCAGUCGACACCAAGAUACGUUCACCAAAGUCAAUUGUUGAAAAUUCUCCUCGUAUUCUUGGAUGGGAUGGCUCAGGUGUGAUAGUGUCCAAAGGUGGAAAAGCACAGCUGUUCAAUGUCGGUGAUGAAGUGUUUUUUACUGGCUUUGUGAAUAAUAAUGGCUCUAAUGCUCAAUAUGUGUCUCUUGAUGAAAUUUUGGUUGGAAACAAACCAAAAAAUCUCUCUUUUGAAGAAGCAGGAGCUAUGCCAUUAACAUCUGUAACGGCAUACGAAUCUCUUUACGAUCGGCUGCAACUGUCAACUAAAGACAAGGGAAAGUCAAUAUUGAUUAUAAAUAGUGCUGGAGGUGUUGGUUCAAUUGCAUCUCAGCUUGCCAGAAAUUUAGGCCUUAAAGUCAUUGGUACAGCAUCAAGAAAGGAGACCAAAGAAUUCUCUUUGAAGUAUGGUGCGCACAUAGUUUUGAACCAUACACAAGAUCUGCUGCCUCAGUUAAAGGAGAGUGGCUAUUCAGAUGGAGUAGACUAUAUUCUAAUCAACUAUGAUCCGCUUCCUUAUUGGAACACCAUGAUGGAUGUAAUCAAACCCCAAGGAAAAAUCUGUGUCCUAGUAGACAGCAGCGGUCCAGUUGAUUUAAAAGUGCUAAAGGAUAAGAGUAUAACUUUGGUCCAUGAAAUGAUGUCGACCAGAAUCAAAUAUAAUACAGAUGAUAAAUUCAGACACCACGAAAUUCUACAGGAAGUUUCAAAAAUGCUUGAGAGUGGACAACUGAAGCAUACUUUGACUAAAGUAAUAUCACCGAUAAAUGCUCAAAAUCUAAAGGAGGCUCACAAGAUAAUGGAAAACAAGACUAUGAUAGGUAAAUUAGUUUUGAGUAAGUUUUGAAUAUUUGUGUUAAUAAAAUUAAAAUU